UCUAUAUUAUAGGCCUAUCGUUCAAGCAAGUUGUUUAAUAAAAAGAUUAUAAAAGCUAUCAAUUUAAGAUUUGUGAAAGAUUUCACACAACAGUAGCAAGCAUCUUAAAGAUGCCUUAUAAUUUGACAAGUUGUAUAAAAGGUACCCUACUUGUAAGUAAGAGACAAUGUCGGAAAAAAAGAUAACAGUACAAUGCUGUGUUCCAGCAUGUUACAACACAAACCAUAUGGAACCACAAAUCCUCUUUUUCCCAUUUCCAAAGCGUCGAGAAAUGCAAGAAAGAUGGCUGCACGCAAUACGUCGACCAGAGCUUAAGAAAAUUCUUCCAGUUGACCAACCAUUCCACAUGUUCAUAUGUUUAGAUCAUUUUAAGAAGUCAGAUAUUGUCAAUCUUGGAGGGCGUACAUGUUUAAAAGCUGGUGUAAUACCUAGUGUGUUUAAAUGGAUGGAGCAUGAAAAGAAAAUGGAACUUCCUGCUGCCCCUACUGGUACUCUCAAAUCCAAAUUAGUAAAAAAGCUGGAUAAAGAAAUAAUAAUGGUUACAUGUGGAACUUUGGAAGCUGAACUACAUAAAGAGAAGUUUUAUUGUCCUGGUAUUCACAGAGAAUGUAUCAAAUAUAAUAACCAGUUUAUUACACCUAAAAUGUUUAUGAUCAUGGGAGAUAAAGAGAGAUUGAAAGAUUGGAAAAAUGCUGUUAGAAUUCAUGGAGUUAAGAUAAGAAAAUUCAUUGAAAACAAGCAACUUGAUUUCUACAGACAUAAAGAAUUUUGUACAGGACGUUGUGUAGCCCGUCUGCCUGUGAACCUGUUCCGCACCAAAGCUCAACCACCUGAACAUUUCAUUAACACCUCAGGUGACAUCUCAAACGUGAGAUUCCUAGAAACCGAUAGACGUCCAGAGUUUAGUAAACCGGAUGCCAGACCUUAUAUAGAAAAUGAAAUUGAGAAUGAGAAUGAAAAUGAAAAUGAAAAUGAAUCGGAUGAAAGUAUUGAUGAAAAGCCUGAUAUUGAUGUCCUUAAUGAAUUACUGAAGAGACCGAUUCCUACCACCAUAACACAAGGAUCUAAUUCUAGUUUUGGUAUAACUGAUAAUCAGGUAUUUUGGAGAGGUGUGGUGAAACUCGGAUUAAUAGCUAAAUGUUUUGAUGUUAUCAAAGAUCAUAUUAAUACACUUCAAACUGAUUUCGUUCUUCAUAAUGUACGACAAGAAGAUGCCCAUGAAUUAAGUUGUAUUGUGAGAGAGAUGGGAUUAUCUAAUAAUCUACAACACAUGUUAGCUUCAUGUAAACAAGAUAUGGAUAAUCAUUAUGAGAAACUUGAUCAAGAAAUGGAAGAAUUAAAACAGAAAGUAUCACAGUAUGAAAAUCGAAAAAGAAUGUUGAAGCUGAAGUCUGAUGAAUUUAAGGCAAUCUUAAAUCUGAACACUCCAAAAGCAGCAACACAGACCAAAAUGGAGUCUGAUGAUAGUGAUGAAGAGGUGUCGGUACACUUUGCCAGCAGUUCUCCUCAGCAGAAUUCUACCUUGCCUAGCAACAAAAGGCUAACUGUGCAUUCUCCAAGUGAAGUAGCAGGACCGUCAACAAAGCGUCUAAAAUUUUCUACGGACAAUGGUAGCGAAGAGGUUCUUGAUGUAUUGGUGACUUCUCCAGCAAAUGUCUCGACUAUUAAAUUAGAAAAAGUGUCUGACACAGCAGCCGCUGCUGAGGUAGAAUCAAAAGUGGAAGAUGAUACGUCCACACUUCCUAAAAUUGUCAGCGUCACAUCAAUGCAACAAGAGGAAGUGAAAUCGCCCAAUGCAACUAACAACAAUAGUGAUGUUACUGCCUUGGAAGAUAUUCAAAAUGUUGUCGCAAAUGGACAGCAGAUGGCUGAACAGAUAUUACAAUCAGCUGGAGAUGAUGAACAUGGUGACCAUGCUGAUGAUGAUAUGCAAGCUAUUGAUACCAAUAAUAUAUCAAUAAUUAAUGAGAGCUCUAUUAGUAGCACAAGUACCAUAGUUAAAAAGGAUCAAUCUCCACCAAAUCCAAAUGUUCGAACAGUAUUAUGGGUAAAAUCCAAUGGAACAUCCGAGUACAUUACCUUCAGUAACAACUCCGAAACAAACUCUUCAGCAGAGACCGUCACGGUUUGUGACCAAUCAGAGGAUUCAACUACAUCACCAGUAACCAAUCAGACAGCUUCUAUCCCAGUGCCUCCAGCUCAAUCAAAAGAUGAAGAAAUUAGUGCUAUCAAUAGCCAAUCAAGUGACAUUGCUGACAAAGCUAACCAAUCAGAAAUUACGACAGAAAAUAAGUUAGAAAAUGUUAUAAAAGCUGAUGGUAACAAGGAUUCAAACAAUACUGAAGAGAAAGUUGAUAAAAAACAAAGCGAGGACCAAUCAAAUGAUAACAUAAUGGAUGAAUUAGAAAGAAAAACACCCCAAAAUAUUUUCCCUUCCGAGCCAGUUUCUGAAACUGGACCAAUUAUUAAAGUACGGAAACUGUCAGAGAAAAGCCUUGGUGAAACAAGUGAGGAAGGGGAUUCCAAGAGAUGUGUUUCACCCCUAUUUGGAGAUGAUUUAUUUACCGAUAUUGUUGGCUCACGUAGAUCUAUGAGGAAACGAGUUGCAAAAGUAAAAGAUGAUUUGUAAUUGAUGCCUUUACUUAAAGGGGCAUUAUGGGAGAUUAGAUAAAGAGUUGACAGUUCUCGCUAUAAUAGUUUAAAAAUAGAUAACGUAAAUAGAAUAUGCUGAAAAUUUCAAUAAAAUUGCUCCACUCUGAACCGAGAUAUUAGCUUUUGAAUUUUAGGCUAGCCUCGAUCAUCAUUAGUGAUCAUCAUUACUUGGUACGAUAAAAGUCUCGAUUAUCCAUUUUUAUGUUUAAUUAUUUUUAAAAGAAUGUAUUCCAAUCUGCUUAAAAUCGCAGGCUAGCGAUGACAUCAAGAGUUGAUUAUGUUCUGGAUAAGUUAAUUAAUGUCUAAUUAAUAAUUUAGAUAAAAUUUCAGGCCUAAAGAAAAACCUGCAAUAGGCAGCUUUAGCUUCUUGCAUAAUGUAUGUUUAAAAAAAUUUUUUUAUACAUGUGUAUGACAUAUUCUAAUAUCUGAGUUUUUGAUAUGCAUGUAUCGACAAAUUUGAAUAAACUGUAAGUAAAUGAUACCAUCCUGCAAUACCAUUCUGUUUGGUUUGCAUUUAAACCAACCCAACCAGUUGUUUGUGUGUACUAUUAUUACUAUUCUUAAAUUCAACAACAAUGGAAUGCCUAAUUAAAUGAGUUAUGUAACCCAUUAAGCAAAUGUAUCUAUCAUAUCUGAUCGACUAUUUUUAAUUUUAGACAAAAAAAAUAGUCAUUCGAUUUUCAUACUUAUACCCACGAUUAUUUAUGGUGUCCUGUAAAGUCUGGUACUGGCCCUUUGAUAUUAUGUCCUGGAGCCAAAAAUGUUUAGUACAAAAUAUAUUUUUUGUGUUGAAUAAAUUUCAUAACACCCAAGAGCCUUUAAGAGAAAUAAUUUUCAUAACAUCCAAGAACCUUUAAGAGAAAGAAAUUAAUAUUUUUUAUAAGUUUCAUUUAUUAUAAUUUACUUUAAUGAAAAUUUGAAUAACAUUUUUUGCAUACUUUUCCAUUCAAAUUUCUAAUAUAACUUUGUUAAUGCUAUAAUGUAGUAUAUUGUACAUAAUCCAUAUUGUAUUAUGUUUUCAUAUUUUGCUGUUGGAUCUACAAGUUGUGGUAGAUACCAUAUGAAUACAGUACAGUCAAAAUAGCCUUCGUGAUUAUAUUGUGUGCACUCAUCAGUGACUGUAUUCCAAUCAACAUUCUGAUAGGGACUGAUAGGGAUACAGAUCACAAAAUAUACAGACUUUUUACUGGCAAUUGUCAAAGUUCUAAUACAAAUUUUGGCUGCUUUCUUAGAAUAUUUCAGUUUGUGGGAUUAAGGUACAACUUAUGUACAGUCCUAUGAAAAGUCUGUUUGAUAUUAGACAAACAACUCAUAGUCUUAGAUGAGUAUCUAUACCUUGACAACAGAGAGUAUUGUAAAGAUGUAUUUAUAAGCAGGCUUAUAAUAUUUUCAACUUUAUAAUAUUUAUUCUUUAAUUCAUAUAUUAUUUUGUGAAAGAGAAUUUCAAUUGUUUUUGACACUGUUAUGUUUGACAAUAUAAGCUGGCUUAUAGAACUACCCCGUAAUUAUUUGUUUUGAUAAUUGAGUAUUCAGCAAAAUUAAUGUUGAUUGAAAGUUUAUUACCAUUUGGGUUUAUUGGAAUAUGUUUCAAAAUUGCUUUGUGGGGUAAUUGCACCAGAGGUACAUUUUACAUGUAAGAGAAGGGGCAUGUUUUUUUGGGGGGG